CUCCCACCCGCCGCCCGCACGGGGCUCCGCGCCCGCCCGCCCCCGCGGGGCCGCCCUCCCGCUGCCGCUCUCCCGCUGCCGUGCCGCGUUGUGCCGCGGUGGCUGGCGCUGCCGCACCAUGCCUGCCGACCUGAUGGAGAAGAGCAGCGCCUCGCCGGUGGCCGCCACCCCCGCCAGCAUCAACGCGACGCCCGACAAGCCCAAAACGGCGGCGGAACACCGGAAGUCCUCCAAACCCAUCAUGGAGAAGCGGCGGCGGGCGCGCAUCAACGAGAGCCUGGGGCAGCUGAAGACGCUGAUCCUGGACGCGCUGAAGAAGGAUAGCUCGCGGCACUCCAAGCUGGAGAAGGCCGACAUCCUGGAGAUGACCGUCAAGCACCUGCGGAGCCUGCAGCGGGCGCAGAUGACCGCUGCGCUGAGCACAGACCCUACAGUGCUGGGCAAGUACCGCGCAGGCUUCAGCGAGUGCAUGAAUGAAGUGACGCGGUUCCUCUCCACCUGCGAAGGUGUCAACACUGAGGUGCGCACCCGGCUCCUGGGCCACCUGGCCAGCUGCAUGACCCAGAUCAACGCCAUCAACUACCCUGUGCCGCCUCCGCCGUUGCCACCGCCACCCGCAGCCUUCGGGCCACCCCUGGUGCCGCCAGGUGGAGGUGCAGGGCCGCUCCCAGCUGUACCCUGCAAGCCAGGUUCUGAUGCAGCCAAGGUUUACGGUGGCUUCCAGCUGCUGCCUGCCUCUGACGGGCAGUUCGCCUUCCUCAUCCCCAGCGCUGCUUUCGCUCCCGGCGGGGCUGUGCUGCCCCUCUAUGGCGGUCCACCCACGGCUGCCACUGCCGCCUCGCCCCCUGGCCCCUCACCCGGCACCGCUGACUCGGUCUGGAGGCCCUGGUGAGGGUGCCAGGCACCGGACUGGACUGAGCACCGCGCCCCGUGCUGCUGGCACGGUUGUACAUAGGUUAUACGUUCAUAUUGGAUUGUGCCUUUGUACCAUAGCACUCCCUCCAACAGUGUUUCGUGUUUUACACGAGAUCUUUUUUCUCCCCUUCCUUUCCCUUCCUUAUGUGACACCAAAGAUCGGGAUUUUUUUUUUUUUUUUUUUUUUUUAAUACUCUUAAAAUAAAAGAGUCUCUUCUGUUUUGGAAGGCUUUUGGAGAUACCUG